AUGGAAGAGCAGGUUGAUUCCCUCCAAAAAUUGAGUAUUGACAGAAAGUUCCUCAAAGGCUACAGAAGCUGUAGCAGUAGCAACACCUACCUCACCGACAGUAUCGGGGGAAAUGUGAAGAGCAACUUCCAGUGCCGUGCACAAUUUGGCUCCAAGUUCUACGACACCACUACGAAUAGAACUGCUCCUAAUCCUGACAACAUAUUUGAGGCGAUCCCUUUUGAGGUUGCUGGAGUUGCUGUUGUUGUAGCUGCAACAGUUGAAACAACUGCUGUUGAGCCAGUUGUUGCUGGUGAAACUGCAGUUGAUGAUGGUGGUGCAGAAGCUGCUGUGCGGGGCAAUGCUGUAGCUCCUGCUAUUGAUGGUGUAGGAGAAGCUGUGUUUCCUGGAGUUGUAAUUCACUUUGCUGGAUCUCACCGUGGUUGUCGGACAUCGGUAGCAACGGAGCGUCUGUCGGAAAAACCUAUGUGGCAACUUAUCACGCUCGAUAAAGCAGCAUCAUCAACUUUUUUUCUGGAUGAGCGAGAAUUCCAGAACGCUGAUAAGACACUGACAACUAUUUGUGACUGUGCACGUCUUAACAGUAUAAAUAGUGUGCGACCCCAGCAGCCUCUAGCCACCGCCUCCAGAAUGCAGCGCCUCGCCCUCUUGUUCGUGUGUCUGCUCGGCUCUGCCGUAGCCUUGCCGGCCCGCACCAGGCUCUGGAGCAGGGGCAACAGCCGCAUCAUCGGAGGAAGCAACGCCAACAUCGCCAACUACCCGUGGCAGCUGUCCUUCCAGUAUGGCGGUUCGCACAUCUGCGGAGCCUCCAUCAUCAGCUCCACGUGGGCGCUGACGGCCGCUCACUGCGUGGACGGUAUGAGCCUCCUGCUGAUGACUUUCAGAGCCGGAUCGUCCAUUCGCGGAAGCGGUGGCACCGUCCAGAGGGCCUCCUCUGGCUACAUGCACGCAUCAUACGACAGCAAUACGGUGGACUAUGACGUCGCCGUCGUUCAGGUGUCUGGCUCCCUGCUCGGCACGAACGCCCAGGCCGUCAGCCUGCCAUCCGACGGCUACGACCCCGCCGGAGGCCUGGCCGUGACCGUCACAGGCUGGGGAUCCACGUACACAGACGGCCCGGCCCCGAGCAACCUGCAGAAGCUGGACAUCAGCAUCGUGGCGCGCUCCACCUGCCAGAGCAUCUUCGCCAAUGUGAACACCGUGACGGCCCGCAUGGUGUGCGCCGGCAGCGCGGGCCAAAGCGUCUGCAGCGGAGACUCGGGCGGCCCCCUGGUCAGCGGCAGCACGCAGGUGGGCAUCGUCUCCUGGGGGGUCAGCCCCUGCGAGGCCAGCCCCGGCGUCUACGCCAACGUCGGAAACCUGCGCUCCUGGAUCCGAUCUGCAGCAGGCGUCUAA